AUGACUGAGGCCGAACCACCCAUAAAUCCUGUGUCAAAUGGAAACGAAUUUACCUCAACAGACAUAGAAAGGUUAUAUUCUAGAAUUCAAGCUGUUAUUCAACCUCCAAAAUCUUCGAUAUCUCCACGUCAAGUAACUCCUUUCGACAACAUGAGUCCCGUGCGAAGUCAAUCUCCGGAACCAUUUAACGACGAAGCUGAAGAAAAAAUAGAACCGCAACUUCCAGAGGUAUCUGACGCUAUUUUUGUCGAAGCUACAAAUCAAAAAGAGAAUGAACGUGAUGGCACUGAAGGUAAUUCAAUAGACUGCCAUUGUCAAAGCAUCAAGGUGACAUCGGGGACCGCAAUUUGCAGUGACUGUGGCAGAAAUAUACCAAUAUUGGCACAUUUGAAUAGAGAACGAUUGCAAAGUAUUGAUGAUUUAGAGGUUGCCAAUAAUAGAAUAAAGGAAGAAUUUGAUAAAGCGGAGCGACAGAAUGAUGAAAUUCAUAAUUUACAAAAAAGAAUUAUAGAAUUGGAAGAUAAAAUUGAUCUAAAAACCGAUGAACUAAACUCUAAAACUAAAGAAUUAAAUUCUAAAACUGAAGAAUUAAAUUUCAAAAGUGAAGAAUUAAAUUCUUUAAAAGAGGACAUGGCUUCUCUAAAUGACAAAUAUGUAGAUGAAAUUGAAAAAGUCGCAGAAUUACAACAUUCCAAAGACAUGGUAGAGAAUGAGUUGGAAGAUUUAACUCAAAAACUUUUUGAAAGAGCCAACGAAUUAGUGGCAUCUGAAGCAAAACAGCGGCAUGAAUUACAACUCCAACAUAAUAUUUUGAAGAAACAAUUAGAAGAGACACAAGGACGUCUAACAGCAGAAAGUUCUCAACUAAUGGAAUUAAGAGAAAAGAUGGAGCAAAUGGUCCAACAGCAGUCACAAAUGACAGAAAGCGAAAGAUUGAGCUUCAGUGAUCCUUUAUUUAGAGCUAGCAUUGAUUUUGCUGAACUUUUUGGGCUUCGUGAAAAAUCACCUGAAGCGGCAGCAACUUUACCCGGCCCAACAGGUGUAGAUGGUAUUGGAAUUGACGCUGAUCUAAUAGCGGAGUUUAAAGAUUUUGUUGAACAAAGUUCAACCGUACGACUUCAAAAAAUUCAUACUAUCCCUUUCAUGCGUCAUUGCCUGGAAGAAGAUGUUACACCUUGCAUGAGAUUCGGUAAUAAUCCACGUGUAUUUUCAAGUAAAAUAGUUGAAGCCAUCGUUGCCAAUACAUGCUUCAUAGAGGAAGCACCUCCAGGUGCUGAUCGAGAGCAAGCUCUUAACCCAAAUUCUCCAAUCCGCGCCAGCGCGGCAAGACCAAUGUUAUGGGAUCGUGCAUUUGGAAAUUCAUCUGCAACAAGAAUUGGUUGCCAAUGUUGCGGUCGAGCGGGUCCAUUAGCUUUUAGAUACAGAAUAACUAAUUUGGAUGAUUGGUCACUUAUUGAUCGUUAUUGUCGUGAUCGUAUGGUUGCUGUAUGCGAAUUUUACGUCUUUACACGUAAUGUUCGUCAGGGAUUAUAUAAUAAUCGUUCUAUUUCGGACCUUUAUGCUGAAUGCUUAAGGUUAAGAUUGCAAAUGUUUUAUGCGAGACUUGGUGCUUUGCCAUCAAUGCUCAGCUCACUUGGAAUAAAGGGCACGGAGUUGGCAUCUGCAAAGAAACCAACAUAUAUACUACCAGAAAUGGAAGAAAGUCCAGUGUUGGUUGUUAGUGAUGAUGCUUCUGGAACCUUAUAUAACGAUCAGAAAGAUUUUGUAUCGGUGUCUCCACCUCCAAGAGAAUCGCCACCACCGGACACCAGUGAUAACAAAUGA